AAAAAGGGAAAAGGGGCACGCAGUCCGUCUGGGCUGGCUCCAUUCCAAAUAGCAUAUUGACCAAAAAACAAGUUCCCUUUUUUAUUUCCAUUCCAUUUCCUCCAUUUUUCAUUUUCUACCUUCCCAAACACCCCCACCCAACAACCAAACCGAACCGAAACCAACAAAACGAAGCAAGCAAGCAAACAAUCUGGGAAAUCCGAUCAUGGAGACGCUGAUGGAAGAAGAGGAAGAAUACAGCUGGAGAGAUGUGAAGCUUCCUUCAUUGAUUCCAGUUGUACCAGAACCAGAGCUGGAGAGGGAAACAGGGGAAAGAAGGCGAGGCAGAGAUUUAAUCAUAGCCAUAGAUCAUGGUCCCAAAAGCAAACAUGCUUUUGAUUGGGCCCUUAUCCAUCUUUGCAGGCUCGCUGAUACUAUUCAUCUUGUUCAUGCUGUUUCCAGUGUGAAGAACGAGGUUGUUUAUGAGGCAACCCAAAGACUAAUGGAGAAGCUUGCUGUUGAGGCUUUUGAGGUCGCAAUGGUGAAGACUAAGGCUAGGAUAGUAGAAGGAGAAGCAGGAAAAGUGAUAUGCAAAGAAGCAGAGAGGUUAAAACCAGCAGCUGUGGUUAUGGGUACUAGAGGCAGAAGUUUAUUACAAAGUGUACUGCAGGGGAGUGUAAGCGAGCAUUGCUUUCAUAAUUGCAAAUCAGCUCCGGUUGUGAUUGUACCUGGGAAAGAAGAUGGUGAUGAGUCGUUGGCCUAGUGGAAAUCACGCUGCUCUCAAAUUCCUGAAUGCCUUAUACCUGUAAUCAUCUUAUAUAUUUGUAUAUUGUAUUGGGGGGACUGUCUGAGUUGAAGAAAGAUUGUAUAAAUUAUGUAGCUAGGAAUUCUAAAUCAGAGCAAGUUUCUUUUGGUUUUUAUUAAGUAUGAAUUUGAAUUUAUUGUAUUUUUAGUAUAGUAUUCGAUGUUCGAUUGGGGUUGUAACAAAGAAUAUGUAGAUUUUAGUUAGUCUAGUUUUCUAUUCUUAAUAGAAUAGGGUUUUUUGGGGAAUGCAUCACCAAGAUUUCUUGUU